AUGUCAUAUUGGACACGCAGCAACAAUCACGAGGCUGAUACAACAACUAUACUAAACCCCGGACAGAGAAAACUUCCAGACGAACUAUCAUUACCGACAUUGGAAAGUGCGCAAUUCGUUUUAUUGACGCGCAUACAACAAUCACACAUAGGAGACCUUACAAGUCCGCCGACAUCAAAGGAUACUUUUAAUCUCUCUGAUUGUCUCUGGUAUAGAAUAGUCGUGCAAAAAGACUCUGUAUCUUAUUUAUCUGAAGACAUGGUAAUUAAACAAGAUAAUUUUGAUACCAAUACUGGAAGGCUCACAUCAAUGAGCAGGCAGGCACAUAAAGCUUUGAUCAAGUCGCCGACAAUCCAUGUCGAAGAUGAUAAUGUUGGUCAAAGAUACUCACACUCACAAUCAGCACACCCUUAUCUCAUCGAUGGUCAUUGUCGCGAUCUUGUCAAGGUUACUACUAUUGGAAGAGAGUGUUUUUUUUCGAGGCUUAUAAUUUAA